CUACAUAUCACUACUAUCUCUCCUACAACUUCAACUCGCUCGGUACUGGUUGGCUAUCGCUUGAAUUCAAGUAUUAUAUCUUUCUCUUCACAGCCAUGCCUUCUCCACAAAAGUCAAAGGAGCCCACUGUGGACUCUACCGGCAGUCACGACAGCGGCGACAACAACAACUCGCCCAAGCCCGAGGACCAGCAGGCUAGAAAGGUUGACGGAUCCGUCGAUUCUACAGAAGAACCUAAACAUGGAGAAUCCUCGACAGGAACAACCUCAGAGUCUAAGGAGGACGAUGCUGUGGCCAAGGCGCGUGCGAGACAAGAAAGAUUCAAAGCUCUUCAAGCCCGAGCAAAAAAUGCCAGUAAGCGCAAUUUGAAGGAAACUGCAGCCGAAACCCAACGGCUAGCCACCGACCCAGCAUUAAUGUCUACUUUGUCGCGCAAACAUGCAUUCGCCUCCCACAACCUUUUAAAGGCCGAUACAGAAGCUGCUGGUGAAGACUUUGAACGCAAACGCGCAUGGGACUGGACUAUCGAUGAGUCUGAGAAAUGGGAUAAGCGCAUGGAAAAGAAACAGCGCCAUCGCGAUGAUGUUGCAUUCCAGGAUUAUACACAGGAUGCGCGUAAAGUAUACAAAAGGCAGCUAAGGGAGAUGAAACCGGAUAUGGAGGCCUAUGAGAGAGAGAAGAUGGCUGCUAUCGAAAAGGCAGCUGCCAACGGCGACCUGGAAAUCGUUGAAACCAACGAUGGAGAGAUGAUUGCCGUGGACAAGAAUGGCACGUUCUAUUCGACCGCGGACACUGUUGGGUUCACUGAGAACAAGCCUGAUCGGGCUGCUGUCGACAAGCUGGUGGCAGAUCUGAGAAAGGCCGAGGAAGUUCGGCUGAAGAAACGCAAGGAGCGCCGUAGUGAAGAAGAUCCGGACGUCACCUAUAUCAACGAGAAGAACAAGCAGUUCAACCAGAAGCUGGCCCGCUUUUAUAACAAAUACACUACGGAGAUUCGUGACAGCUUCGAGCGGGGAACUAUGAUAUGAUAUUGGUACAAUGGGGGCGUCCAAAACUGCUGUGCAGUAGGACAACUUUUGUUUUAAUGAUCACCAAGCACCUUGAACAGCCAAAGCGAUAACUUGGUGCCGAGAAAGCAAUUCAG